GAGAGAGGCCAUAUAAAUGGCACUGCGAGCAACUUUUAUUUGUUGAUGAGCCUCCAGAUUUGGCCAAACAAGUAGAAACACGGUCAAAACCUUCAACAACCUGGUCGCUUCCUUUCUGGCUCCUCCCAAUUUUCCUCUCUGCAUUCUUUUUUAUUGUAUAUAAACAACACCCACCAGCAGAUGUUGGAGGCAGUUAGAGUGUCCCCUUACAGAGAGGAGGCAUGGCCGUCGGGGUAAGGAGUGCAAAGCUGGGGUUUCUAGCAUGGCUGUGUUUCUCCACACUGGGAGCAACCCUUGGGGCGAAAGUACUGGUGGUGCCCGUGGAUGGGAGCCAAUGGCUCAGCAUGAAACUCCUGGUGAAGGAGCUUAUCGUCCGGGGCCACGACGUGGUUCUCCUGGAGCCCGAGACCACCGCGUUGGGCAAGGGAUUGGUCGGCUGCAGGAAUGAGAUCUACCCGGUUUCCUACACGAAGGAGGAAUUGGUAAAUGUUUUAAAACAACUCCAAGAGAACGUCUUCAUCAAGCUGCCCAAGAUCACCGACGCGUAUGUCAAUGUGCAGAGAUUGAUCGACUACACCUCCAUCCACGUGAAGGGGUGCGAGAAUCUGCUGUACAACCAGGAAGUGAUGGGCCGUCUGCGCCUGGAGGGAUUCGACGUCGUGCUCACGGACCCGUUCCUGCCUUGCGGCUCUAUCCUAGCCGAGACUCUUUCCGUCCCAGUCGUGUAUUUUCUGCGUGGACUCCCGUGUGGUUUGGACGAGAUUGGCACGCAGUGUCCCUCGCCUCCUUCCUACGUCCCGCGCUUCUACUCCGGUCACUCGGACACCAUGACCUUUCCUCAGAGGGUUAAAAACAUGGUCAUGUAUGGGAUUGAGUCUGUGAGCUGCCGCAUCAUGUAUGCCAGCUUUGAUGAGCUGGCCAGCAGGUAUUUGGAAAAGGACAUCAGCUAUAAGGACCUCGUCCGCCACGGUGCCAUCUGGCUGCUCCGAUAUGACUUUGCUUUCCUCUUUCCAAAACCCAUGAUGCCCAACAUGGUUCUUAUUGGAGGCAUCAACUGCGCGAAGCCAUCUCCUCUGUCAGCGCACUUGGAGGAGUUUGUAGAUGGAUCCGGUGAUGACGGUUUCAUUGUUUUCACGCUAGGCUCCAUGGUGGACAAAAUGCCUGCAGAUAUGACAAUAGCAUUCUUAGAUGCCUUCAAGAAAAUUCCUCAACGGGUGGUUUGGAGGCAUACUGGUAUUUUACCAGAAGACGUGCCAGAGAAUGUAAAAAUAAUGAAGUGGCUACCUCAAAAUGAUCUCCUAGCUCAUCCCAAGGCUAAACUCUUCCUCACUCAUGGAGGCUCACAUGGCAUCUAUGAGGGCAUCUGCCACGGCGUUCCCAUGGUGAUGAUGCCAUUGUUUGGGGACCAGCCGGACAACGUUGAUUACAUGGUGGCCCGUGGAGUGGCAGUCGUGAUCGACGUGUUUGACGUUACCACCGAAAAAGUGCUGGAGGCCAUUAACAAAGUCGUCAAUGAUACAAGCUACAAAGAGAAGAUGGUGAAUCUCAUGUCAGUGCAUCAGGACCAUGCCGUAAAGCCCCUGGACCUGGCCGUGUUCUGGACCGAGUUCGUCGUAAGACACCAGGGCGCCGAUCACCUUCGGCCCGCAGCCCACAACCUCAACUGGAUUCAGUAUCAUAGCCUGGACACUCUCUGCUUACUGGCUGCUAUUGUCAUGACUAUCGCCUUCCUCGGGCUCAAAUGUUGCUGUUUCUGCGGCCGCAAGUGUUGCGUGCGAGUGGCAAAGAAGAAGAAGGUGUUGUAGAUCUCUAGAUUUAUUGUCUCCUUUGUGAGAGACAGUAUUAGAUAAACAAGAUGUACUUUUAAAGGACAAUACAGAUCUGGUUGAUCAAACCAUCAUCAUAACCGUCUACCUGAGUGUACAAAGAAUGUUGGUAACAACUUUUUCCCUACUUUAAUAUUUACAUAUCAUUGUAAGUAUAAUUCCCAUAUGGCCUGGAGUGAACUGAACAAAGGGGUUAGACUCAGUAACUUCUGGUCACAGCUGCCGAUCAAACUGUAUUGUAAUAUGUCAUAUUUAAUAAUUAAUUACAUCAGUAAAUGCAGUUAUAAGCAUUAACUAAAAAUGUACUGAAAAAUGAUUUACAGUUAACUAAUCGAUUACUAAUUUACACAUAAUUUAAUAAGGUAAGGGUUAGCCACCUUAUUGGUAAAUUAAUGGUAAAUUAUUGUAUCCUGAUUGUAAAUUACUUUUUUACAGAAUGUACAGAUUCUGCUGAACAUUUUUGUGGGAAAGCGCCUGUUAGAAAUGCAAAACUAGUUCUUGUUUUGGAAUCAAUGUGCGGUGGCCAGUAUGGAGUUUGUUGAUUCGCCAUACAUGUACUUCGUAAAAUGUCUUAUACCAAGGAGCCAGCAUGCUACAUUGCUAUUAACAUUUGUGGCAGGCAGGCACAUUCCGGCGAAUUAGGCUAAAGUGAUAUAGAGAAAUUAUAUUGGUAACGGAUGUAAGCGUUAAACUCACAUUUUAUGUGAGUACUCUCGAUUUUAUAAUAGCAUUUUUAUAAAAUCGACUUCCAAAAUGUUACGUGUUGGUCUGAAGUUAUUAAAUGAUCACAGGACACAUG